GUUUUCACCUUGUUUCCAACGACUUAAAAACUGUUCACGAACUUAAAACUGGGGGACGUUCAAUCGUCCGCACAACAACGUAGACACGAGGUUGAAGUUGGAUGGAUUGCGUGCUCGCGGAUUCGUCGUCAGUUUACGUGCAGUUCAUUGCAGGUUUUAUGGAAAACAACGACAUUUUGUGGUUUUCAUGAAAAGAAUGACUCGGAAUUCAUCACAGGUCAAUGGAAGGUCCCUUUACUAUGGAAGAGAGUUGUUCUCCAACAAAUAAUCCAAACCAGAACAAAACUCAGAAAAUGAACAUCAAUGGGAACAAGAGACAAAAGCAAACUUCAAAUCAAGUUAGUACAACUUAUUCCCAGAGGCAAGAGCAUGUGAUUGGAGGUACUAGACAAAAAGUUGACUUCGCCAGCUCACAUCCUCAACUUGAAGGGAGUCAAAAGCUUAAUAAUAAGAGAACCAAAGAAAAGCAAAAGGCAAAAGAACUAGCUCGCUAUCAGCGAAAAAUCCAGAAAAAUCCAGAAAUGGCUGACAUAGUAGUAGUUGAAAAACAUGUAACACAUCAGAACACUGUGGAUACGUUAAAAGAAGUCGAUCAGCAUCAACAAGUUCUACAAGAUGAGACUUUAGAUUUGGACAAAACCAAGAAGCAGAGUAAAGCACAGGCAAGAGAUGACGAAGGUGAAUCCUCCAACAAGAAGAUGCAUUCUGACAAGCUACAUCAUGUACCUGAUGCUCACACCAAUAAAGAAGACUUACUGGUAGAGGAACAUUACAUAUAUAGACUUAACAAAAAAAGUCCACGAUUUCCUCAUGCAAAGUUCUAUUGCCGGUUAUGUAACUACCAUCUUGACAACCUGACACUGUGUAAGAAGCAUUGGAAAGAGCCAAGACAUUCUAAGCUUGAGGAGAGCAAAAGCUACCAAUGGGAAAUAAAGAAGAUCAAAGCUCCCAAUAAGGCACACGCAGGAGCACUAUCAACACUACUCAAGUCUGUUGUAGAUGAAAAUGCUCUCAACAAAGGAGAUCUAGAGAUGAGACAACGUAUAGCACAUACUGUGGAGAAAAUACUACACAAGGAAAUGCCAGAUGUAACAGUGAGUGUAUAUGGCUCAUCGCUGAGUGGGUUUGGUUUCAAGGAUAGCGAUGUGAAUCUAAGCAUUGAAGCUCCUGAAGGCUCUAUCCCAUCCCAGGUACUGGUUAUGGCCUGUCAAGCACUGGGUCCUGGAGAUGAGAUUUUUGAAGACAUCGAGUCUGAUUUUGAGGGCCGGUUUCCAUGUAUUCGAUUCAGUGAUAAGCAAAGUGGUUUGAAAUGUGAACUCUGUACCGGUUCAGUAUCAGCCAUUAAGACAUCACAGCUGUUACGUGACUACCGUCAGAUUGAUCCUCGGGUGCAUUUAUUGGCGAUGGCUCUGCGAUCCUGGGCCAGACUGUGUGGUGUAGACAGUCAGUCUGAUGGCAGCAUGCCUGCGUAUUCAUUCGUAUUGAUGACCAUCUACUUCUUGCAGCAUUGUCAACCACCAGUUGUGCCUGUAUUGCAGGAGAAUGAAAAAUUGGAAGGAACUAACACGGACAGCCUUGGAGAAUUGUGGAUUAAGAUGUUGAAAUUCUAUACAUUUGACAUCGCUAUUGAGGAGAUAGUGAUUUCAGUACGCAAACGAGAACCUGUUAGUCGAGAUGAAUUGAAGAUUCCAAAUAGAAGGCUAGCUAUUGAAGAUCCCAUUGCUGUCAACAAGAAAAACAUUGCCAAGAGUCUGAGCUCCAACAUCGUGUUUCAGUAUGUAUUUGAUCGCCUUCAAGAGGCACUGCUUUAUUUUGGUCAGCCACAGAAGGCUACAAGUAAACCAACUGAUCCUAAGCAGCCACACAGUGAUGGUAUUGAUGCAAAGGACAGCUCAUAUAAAACCAGUAGUGGUGUGCAUACAAGUAGGUCUGUCAAGGGAACUGGAAGGGAUCUGUCGACUAACAUCAUUGAAUCUCUUACAGGGAGUGGAGACGUGAGACAAGAACUUUCAGUGGAUAGUCACAGCACUGAUUUGUCAACUGAUGCAGAUGUGCUAGGUAACAAAGAGUGUACUGUAUCAGUCGCAUCAACAGUCAAUGUCAGUACCAGCGAUGACUCUGAGAUAAGUCAAAGCAUUGCUGAACAAAACUUAGUAGAUUCCAACGACUUAUGCCAUGCAAACGCUUGUGUUGAAAAUGAUACAUUGCAUGUAGAUGCCUCGUUGGAGGUUACUGAAUUGUUGGACUCACUUGAUGUCAGCAAACCCACUGGAGAUACUGCGACCAAUCAGGAUUUCCAUUUUGUGUUUGAUGAGAAGGUUUUAACAGGAGGCAAGAAGGUCAUGGUUGUCUGCAAUGGCUGUGCUAAGGAAGGACAUCGAAUCUCUGAAUGUCCAGAUGAAUCUGUUCCUAACCUGGUUGUACUACCGGCGAUGGACAGACACUAUCUCAAGAGAAUUGAUGCACUGUGCAAAAAUAUUGCAGAUACAUUCUGUCUGAAAGAUUGGGAUAUGAAGCGUAGAAAUGAAGCUGUAGAGAACUAUGAGUGGUUCAUACAGAACAACGGAUAUCAAGAUGCUAGACUUCAACUAUUUGGUUCAUCAAGAAAUGGAUUUGGCUUCACAAAAAGUGACAUGGACAUAUGUUUGAAAUUCCAGCAUCACCAAACUGCAGAAGAGUUAGACAUUCCUGUCAUUGUUGAAGAUCUUGCCAAGAAACUGAAAAAGCACAAGAACUUGCACAAUAUCAUUCCCAUCUCAACUGCUAAAGUUCCUAUCGUCAAGUUUGUGGAUCGCUGUAUGCAGUUAGAUGCUGAUAUAAGUCUGUACAACUGUCUAGCUCAGGCCAAUACACGCAUGCUACAUGCAUACGCCAUGAUUGAUGUAAGAGUACGUCAGCUAGUCUACACUGUUAAAGUGUUUGCAAAGGUGUGUGACAUAGGUGAUGCAUCUAAGGGUAGCCUGUCAUCUUAUGCGUAUACUCUCAUGAUGAUAUUCUUCCUUCAACAAAGGACUCCUUCUGUUCUGCCAGUUUUGCAGGAGCUUUACCAGGGCAAGGAAAAGCCCAAGGAUGUUGUUGAAGGUCGCAAUGCAUGGUACUUGACUGACAUGCACAAACUGCCCCAGUUUUGGAGACGUAGUAACACAGAAUCAGUCGGUGAAUUGUGGCUUGGAUUUCUGCGCUUCUUUACCGAGGAAUUCAAUUCAAAGAAGCAUGUUGUUUGCACCAGACAGCAUAAACCACUUACACGCUUUGAGAAGAUGUGGACCGGUGCUGCACGAGGCUUUGCUAUUGAAGACCCUUUUGACCUGGAUCAUAACCUUGGUGGUGGAGUUUCAAGAAAAAUGGCGACAUUCAUUAUGCAAGUGUUUAUCAAUGCAAGAGAGCACUUUGGCUCGCCAAAAAACAUUGGGCGCUUCUUGGAUGAUUUUGAAUUCUUUUUGGAUGCUUACUCAUUGACUGGAGGAGAAGCUCCCCCGAAUGAUCGAUGUUGCAGAGUAUGUGGAAAGAUUGGACAUUUCCUGAAAGAUUGCCCGCAUCGCAAAGGCAAGAAAGAUAUAAAUAAAGGCAGAGACAGAGACAGAGAAGACGCCAAGAAAAGGGGAGACAGAGGCAAGAAUGAUGUCAAGCCCUUGGAGGAUUCACAACAAACUCAUCAAAGAAGUAAUGCGCCACACACUCCUAUACAAAGCAGAGUAUAUACAGCAACACAACCCACACAAGGAGCAAAUGGCAAAGUCAAACCAACUAAUCCUCCUACAGGAAGACAGCAGCCUCAGCAGCAGACACCAGCUAAAUCACAUAUUGGAACCAUGCAACAGACAACAGCUAAACCUCACAUUGGAACCAUGCAACAGACAGUGACAGCUAAACCUCCUGUUAGAACCAUGCAGCCAACACUAGCUAAAACCUCUGCAGGAACCAUGCAUCAGACACAAGCUAAAAGUUCUGCAGGAAACAUGCAUCAGACUAAAACCUCUUCAGAAACUGUGCACCAGGCACCAGCUAAAACUUCUGCAAGAGCCAUGCAGCAGGCAGCAACAUCUAAACCUCAAGUUGGAACCAUGCAACAGACACCAACCCAAGUAACACUCGCCCAAACUAAAAGUGCCACAUCGCAACAAAAAAAUAUUGAUGAGUCAUGGAGGCAGCAUCAAGUGGAGAGAAAACAUAAUAAGAAGCACGAUCAAAGACAAGGAAAACGGUCACAAAACACAAAUAAAAAUAGCAGCAACAGACCCUCAGAAGAGCAGUCUGCUAAGGGGCAAUCUGUGAAUGGAACCUAUAACCAGGCAUAUCCUGCUUUACCUACUACAAUGGACCAACCACAAUAUGGACAUCAGCAACAACCAGCUCAGCAGCAACCACUACAAAGACCUCGGGAACGGAACCCUGACCAAAGACUGCAUCAGUAUACUGAAAGCCAGCAGCCUGCACAGGUACAGACUUACUUCUCAUCAAGUAACGCUACUGCAAGACCAGUGCACAAUGUUGAGCAUAAUGUUCAACAGCAACCUUUACAGCGACAUAAACAACAAACUGUCAAACAGCUAAAUGAUGGACACAGAUCCAGGUCGGAUAAACAGAUGGAUAGUGGAUCCCAACAGCAUUGGGGCUCCAUGCAGCAACAGCACCACCAAAUGCAGCAACAGGUAACGCCACCGAUGCAACCACAACAACUUAACAACAUGCAAGUUGAUCAACAUACUGCAAAAGGAUUUGAUAUUUCCAAAUUGGCAAGUGCUCUUCAGUUUCAUAACCAACCGGUUCCAACAAACGAGAAACCGUUGCAAGUACAUGAACUAGAAGCUAUGCAGAUGAGGCACCAACAGAAGCACCCUCAUCCACAGAAAGAACACUUACAGAACCAACACGUACAGAACCAACAACAAAUGCUGCAACACCAAAAUCAAGGGCCAUUUCCGCAACAGCAGGAAAAACCUUAUCAGCCACAACAGCAGCAGCAACAAAAACAGUUCAGUCAACAGCAACAUCAGCAAGAACAGCGUCUGUCACAACCCAUGAUACAGCAGCAACUUAACUUGCAGUAUCCAGAGCAAUGGAAUCAAACAACUCAACAAUUCCAGGCCCUGCCGCAUCAACAUCAGCAACAUCAGCAACAUCAUCAGCAACAACAGCAGCAACAUCAGCAACAUCAUCAUCAGCAACAACAGCAGCAAAACAUCCCACCACAGCAAGUCAAUAGGAUUCAAAGUAGCCAGUCACUGUCGUCCUCACAAUCCUCAUUACCAUCAUCAACACCAUUGCCAAGCCAAGGGCCUUCACUGGGUGUCUAUACAUUUGGAGGUGAUGGUGGGUUGUGGAACCAACCAAGUGGAGUGCCGAAUAGUCGUAAUGAUGCACCAGUACAUCCAUUGUCUUGGCCUAGUGGCCAACAGUAUCCCAACUAUCCUUCUGAGGAAAGCAACAUUGGCGCUGCUCUUCUUCAGGGUGUCAGUUUUCUUCAAAGUGGGACUGGUCAAAAUGAUAUGCAACACAUGACAUCAAUGCAUAGAAUGGGAAGUGACACAGCAUCAUCUGAAUCUACAAUUCCACAGCAUGUAAAUCAACAUGGUAGUAUCCAACAGUGAUGAGUGCUGAGAUAAGUGUACAUGUGUAAAUUAAGACUGGGCGACUAGUGUGACUAAUGUCAUAGUCGUUUAGUGUCAUUGAUUGCUUAGUCGAUUCACGACCACCAAGUUUCAACUUCUUGGUUAAUCAUGCCGCCACGAUAUCUACAAAUAUAGUCAACACUACCUGCUUGGUGAACCAAUUGUGUCAGUCACCACUAUUCACAACAACAUAAUUAACUUACAAAACACAAUGUGACACAAUCCUUCAAUCCUUUCAGCGUGAAUGUUACUCUAUGGGGCUGCGGCAAACAAUAUGCCACAAUGGGAAUUAAAAAUUAGUCACGACUAGUAAGGAAGUCGCGGGUAUUUGAGUUGCGACUAGUGGAGUGGUAAAUUUCACUAGUCGCCCAGGCCUAGUGUAAAUAUAGGUUGGUUAUUGAAUCGGAGCAACCGCUUUCCUGAUGAGGGAUUGCAAUACAUUUAGUUAGUGCUACAUAACAAACAAAAUCUUUUUUUUUUCAUCUAUAAAUAACAUGACAUCUUUUAAAGUGUUACUUGAAUACUAUUCCUUUGUGUUAGUCACUGCUUGGUUCAAAACCUGUAAGGCCCUUGUUAUGUAGUUCUGCUAAAUAUUUUCAGGUGUGAUAAAAAUAACCCUGUAAAAUACGGAGAAUGCGCAGAUUGAUUGCUAUCUGUGUCUGCUGUUGUAUAAUAAUAGUGGCUUCUUAUAUAGCGCGCAUAUCCGUCACUCGGUGAUGCUUAAGAGACGCUUUAAUAUACAGUAUUUCUUGCAAGGUAUGUGGGACAACUUAUGAGACCUACUGCUUUUACAUAGCACCAUGUACAUGUAAUUGUUUACAAGG